UGAAGAAGACAGCUUUGUGACUCAGAUGUUUUGAAAUACCGGAAAGUUUUAAAAAAUACUUUUAAGUAUGUGGGUCAUGUAAUUCCAUUACGAAGAGAAAGAGAGAUUGAUGAACAGGAUAGACACACAGACAUUAAAAUUAGGUAUGUUUUAAUCAUGGACCCCCGUACCAGUGCUCAGGAUGUAAUGCGAUGUGCCCUGUGUGAGACCACUGUGGUACAGAUGCACUGUGAUACAUGUCUUGUCAACCUGUGUAAAGCCUGUGUGGGAGAACAUACGAUUUCCGAUGAAUCCAAAAAACAUGAAAUUGUUACAAGCAGUCUUCGAAAAUCUACUCCCCUCUACCCUGGAUGUAAUUUUCAUGUCAAAGAACAAUGUGAAAUGUACUGUAAUCAAUGUGACAUUCCUGUGUGUGUCACAUGCAUUGCUUCAGACAAACAUUUAGACCAUGAUGUGUUAAAAAUUCUACGAGUUCUUGAUGAAAGAAAGGAAAAGAUCACCAGGAAACAAAUGGAGCUAAAGGAGACGAUAUGUCCAACAUACAUGGCUAUUGCUUCUGAUGUACAAAACAGAAUUAGUCAGUUAGAAAAGAAUUAUGGAUAUCUUUCAACCGCCAUGAUAGAACAUGGAGAUACCUUGCACAGAGAAAUUAGCAAACUUGAGACCAAACUUCAUGCUGAAGUUCAUGAAAUGAAAAACAAACAGUUAAAAACUUUGCAGAAACAUCUGGAUGAAGUAACCAGUACAAUAUCUGAUAUUAAGAAUGAAAUCAGUUUCAUUGAAACUUUCGUUGAUUCUAAUGACACAACAAAGCUCUUAGACAUUAAUUCUAUACCCAAUAUAGGCAAAUAUAAAAAUCUUCCGCCAAAAAUUUUGCCGUCUUUACCAAAAUUUACACCUGGAAAAAUCCUAGGAGAAGAGACCAGCAAACUUUUCGGCGUCUUAGCCCCGAGUUCUUUAACAUUAGAUAAACAUGGCUACAGCAUGAAGACAACACAGAAAUCACCAGAAGCUGGAUCCUCUCCUCCAGUCAAACAGCUUCUUGAUGAACCAGAGACUCUCAGCACCAGAGACACUGGAUAUGAAAAUCUACUCAAUGUGGCCUGUCGGAGUGAUGAAGAAAUCUGGACAAGUGGAACUGACAACACCAUGAAACUCUACAGCAUCAAUCAGGGAUCACUACUCAAGUCAAUCACAACCAAGUCAGGAAACAAGCUAUAUGACUUAGCAGUAACGAACAAUGAAGAUCUAGUUUAUACCGAUCACAUGAAUAAUUCAGUGAAUAUUGUGAAGAAUGAAGGGAUAGAAGAGAUAAUCAAAACACAAAAAUGGGGUCCUUACAGUGUCUGCAUAACGUGCUCUUUUGAUUUGCUGGUCAUCAUGUAUAAUAUUCGAGAAAAACAAUCAACGGUUGUCCGUUACUCCGGCUCCACAAAGAAACAAACCAUUCAGUUUGAUGAUCAAGGUAAACCUCUCUAUUCUACGGGUUUUUAUUACAGACAUAUAACUGAGAACAGGAACCUGGAUAUCUGUGUGUCUGACAAUAAAGCUGGAGCAGUAGUGGUGGUCAAUCAGGCCGGGAAACUGAGAUUCAAGUACACUGGACGUACGCCUGGUCUAAAGAUUGAGCCAUUCAAUCCACGAGGAAUCACCACAGACAGUCAGAGUCACAUCCUUACAGCUGAUGAUAAUAACCAAUGUGUCCACGUCAUAGACCAGGAUGGGCACUUCGUCCGUUAUAUAAACCUUGGUCUGAGAGAGCCAAUGGGACUGUGUAUAGAUUCAAAUGAUUAUCUGUUCGUUGCUCAGUAUAGAAAUGGAAAAGUGAAGAAAAUCAAAUAUCUGCUGUGAAACCAUCACAAAGAAAUUACAUUAAAUCAUGGCAAUAAUUUCAAUGGAUGCACUAUUUGUAUAUGAUGUCAUUAUUUUUUCAUCUGAAUGCCAAUUAUUAUAUGUAAGUUAAGAUGAAUUUAAUGUUCUAUUGUUCAUAUCUGAACAUAAUAGUUUUUGUUCUCGUAGCUCUA